UAUCUAACGACCCUUUAGUCGCGAUUUAUGGCACGUCCCGCCGAUAUCGAGAAUCUGCAUACGAGAAAACUGGUCGUGUUACACGCUGAUAUCAGUAGUGUACCAGUUUGAUAAAUCGGCGAGUACUUAAAGAGUCCGGCGACGCAUUUUUCUCGUAUUUCCUCGAAACCAUUUUCGAAAUGAUGAAAUUCUCCGUGCUCUUCGCUUUCGCUCUUCUUUCCGGCGUUUAUUGUUCCGAUGAUUUGGACGACGCGUCUGCCGGGGUCGAGGUCGGUGAGAAUGUAAAUUAUGAAAUCUAUGCAGACGUUGACGAGGAUCUUUCCGUGGAAUGUGAGGAGCACGAGGAAUACAGCGAGUGUUCCGGGGACCGGACGUGCCAGAAAACUUGCGAGAAUCUGGACCAGUGGGAAACGAUGACUUGCGCCAGGACGAAGGUCUGCAUUCACGGUUGCAUCUGCGAGGACGGCUACGUGAGGGAUGAAAACAGGGGCGUCUGCGUCGAGGAAAACAGCUGUCCCCGAGUGAAACAAUAAUUUGAAGCGCGAAGAAUCAGAAUCCGGAUGAUUUAUAAAAAACGCAUCACUUUCUUUUUAUUUUUUAAGUUAUGCGCAGCAUCGAGUUUUAUCGAUGUGUAUAGAGCGUAAAAAAUAUAGCUUUUCAUGUAUUAUGCGUAAUUAUAAUUAAACAUAAUUAAUUGCGAAUACAUCUCGUGUCAACGUCUCGAAAUAAAAACGAUUAUAGCAAAAGGAAUGCCGCGAUAUAAUUUAAAUUGGAUAAAUUAUGCAUUCCUCAAACGUGUUUGCGUACAUUCGACGUUCGUGCACCUGCGUAUAUACAUGCAUUCCGUACGAUAAACGCGUCUCGCCGUUUAGCAUUCGCUUACUCAGAACUGCAGGACUUGACGUAAAAAGAACAAGUGCAAGCUUUAUCGUACCGCGAGCCAUUCGAAUUCCAUUUCAAAUUCACUGAAGCCUGAAGCCCCCUUUCAUACGAUACAUUUCUACGAGAGAGAAAGAGAGAGAUAUCUAAUGUCAUCGCGUUUGGUCUUUCGCAAAUA